AUCAACACGCUGUUGGAUUUGACAGUGGAACAAGUGCAAUUCCAGUUUGAAGAAAUACUUGGUUUGAAGAACUACCAGACGUGUCUGAAGGAGGCUUCCCGGUUGGACUACUUUGUCUCUGGCUUCUGGUGGACCAGGGAGAUGAACUACACCUGUCAACAGAUCUCAUUCAUCAUGGCUCUACUGCAAUUGUUACUGGACAACAUCAGUGAGAAGCAGAUGCCGUUUGUUGAUAACCUGAAUGAGUUGGCCAAGAUGAUAUCAGGAACGCGCCAGUCUCCUUCUCCAGAGGUCGACUCACUGUUUGAUGCUGAGCAGGCCAUGUCCAUCACUGACUACCUGAAGUGCAGUCUCUUUCAGAACUACCAACUCUAUGAGUUUCUCUUCAGCCAACCUAGAGAGGAGCUGCUCCUUGGGAAGAAGAGGACCAUAGAGGUGAUCAGCUCAGCAGACUUUGUAGCCCCGUUGGAAGAAGGCAUGAAUACUGAUGACUACCUCCAUUACAUGACUCCUGUUGAACAGCAGGAAGAGGUAC